GAUGAACCGCCUUGGAAACUUGACCCAUAGCCCACACAACCUCGGCAUACAUUCCAUCGAACUGCAACUAGGUCUACUUGCAACUGGUUUGCGAGUUGCCUUUGACAUUAGCUGAACUCCCGUCAUUUAGACCUCUGACGUGGCUUAUACCAUAUUCAGUGCUUGCGUGGAACACCGGUCGUGAAUUUUAUCCUCUAGGCUUACAUCUCUGAAGGAAAAUAUGGGGAAAAUAGAACGCGUAGUCUUUCUGUCACUCGUUCUUGAUCUUUUUGCAUUUACAAUCCCUCUACCAUUGUUCCCUCGCAUAAUCGAGUGGUACACAGUGAGAGAAAUCUCCGACCCCAAUGGCCUCCUUUCCAGAACGCUGCGGUUUGUUUCGGCGGUGCGAGGCAUAUUCUAUAAGCCACAACAGAACUCCCAGAGAUGGGAUGUAGUUUUCCUCGGCGGUCUGAUGGGCUCUGCUUUCUCCACUCUACAGUUCCUGGUAUCGCCGCAUAUAGGAUCCCUCUCCGAUAAGUAUGGGCGCAGGAAUGUCCUUCUGAUCACUAUGAUAGGAAACAUAUUGUCCGCGCUCAUUUGGAUCAAGUCUACCACUUUUGCUUCGUAUAUGCUCUCUCGCGUCAUAGGGGGUCUCAGUGAAGGCAACGUGCAGAUUGCUACUGCCAUCCUCUCUGACGUUUCAACGCCUGCGAACCGCUCUAAAGCCCUUGCCCAUGUUGGUAUUGCGUUUGCUAUCUGUUUCUGCAUUGGGCCUCCGAUCGGUGCCUAUUUUGCAUCAAGGCCAGUGCCCCCAUCUGUCGGAGCUCUUCAAAUGGAAUUGAACAUAUACGCGGCUCCGGCAUUAUUGACGCUCAUACUGCUUAUCGCAGAAACCUUGUUCCUGAUAGUUGCUCUUCCCGAAACUCGAAAUACCCGACCUGGAAAGCACAGUAAUGACGAUCCUCUAGAAGUUGUCAACGAAAAGUCGAAGACUCCCUCCGUAGUGCGCAGUGUGCAAGAGAGAACCGAACUUUUGCGGGUCUUGCGAAAGCUGCAUUUCCUUUUCUUAGGAAUCUUCUCAGGCGUGGAAUUCACCCUGACUUUCCUCACCUUUGAUCUGUUCGAUUGGAGUAACAAACAGAAUGGAGUAUUAAUGGGCUCCAUCGGAAUAAUCAGUGCUCUAUUACAGGGAGGAUACGUCCGUCGUGCUAUUUCCAAAGUAGGAGAGGGCAAAAUGGCACAACGUGGGGUCUCGAGCUGUGCACUGGGCCUUGUGUUCUUAGCCAUACUCCCUCACUUUGUGUCCAACCAACCAAAAAUCGCCGUCGGACUGCUGCAAGCCGCAGCAGUUUGUCUGGCCUUCACUUCCGCGACUGUCGUAAGCUCGCUUACCUCAUACGCCUCCCUCCAGUGCGACGAGGGCUUCGACAAGGAUACAGGCAAACCCACGGCCGAACACCCUGAGUUGGCCAAGGGCAAGGCACUAGGUGAAUUCCGGUCAUCGGGUCAACUGGGUCGCGCAAUAGGCCCCUUGCUUGCAUGCGCUUCAUAUUGGACCUUCGGGCCGUCCGUUACUUAUGUUGCGAGCGCAUUAGCCAUGCUGACUUUGUCAUCGUCCAUGAAAUCCGUCGCCGUUUUACCAAAAUCAUGAUGAUGUGACCGCAUCAGUAAGUACUUACUUAGCACUUGUUGUAAAUGGCAAAAUUGGAUUCCAUAUUCGCACAC